UUUGCCUCAGCCCAGAAGGUGACUUUGCUGAACUCCUGCCUGUCGAAGGAGAACAACCUGAGGAUGGACUGUAAAUACGAGCUGACAGCUGCGUCACCAGUUCCUACCUGCACAUACACCCAGGAGAACAAUGUGGUGGGAAGCACAGACCCUGCUACGAGUCAGGACCCCACCUUCAAGAACCGUGUUGAUGUCGCCAUCAUGGAAGGCAGCACCACCUGCCGUCUCAUCCUCACUGGCUUUUCCGACGACAAGCCCAAGAACUUCACCUGCACCAUCAAGCAGAAAGAGACGGUGUCAAAAACCGCCACUGUGGAAAAGAGUAAGUAUUUUUUCAAACCUGUAUUAUUUCCCUUUCUGCAUUCAUGAUACGGUGCAUCUACAUUGCUAUUUGAGAGUAACUGUAAGUUCAGUUUCCUAGUUCCCCUGAUAUGAAAACAGAAGUGACGAUCUAUGAUGUCAAUAGAAUGAAUGUUUGUGUGGUUAUCAUUUGCUUUUCAGUGGAAAUGGUGAAGUGAUAGGGAAGUAAAAAUGAGCUUUUGAUCUAAUAGACCAAAGAUUUGUGUGAGAAAGGCUGCCCCUGUCGAGUCCUCCACUUCAACUUGUGUUUGCUUCUCUCUCUUAGAGCUACUCCAGAAGUGUUCAGCGUGGAGUGUGCAUGGCAGCGUUUUGAUGUUGACUAUGACGUCAAUUGUUUUGUUGCUGUGAAGAACCAUUAUAGAACCAUUAUAGCUGCUGUUUCCUUUUCCAAAGCUGUUCAACAUAAUCAUGAAUAAUAUAUAUUAUCAUUAUCUCAUUAAUGUAGCCUAAUUGUACUCACACAGAAUUGUGCCUUUUAAAUCUAUAUCAUUAAGAAUGCUUAGAAUCUGGUCUUGGAAUAUGGUCUGCUAGUAUAGAUCAAUGGAACUCGACCCAAACAAUGGCAAUGCCAUGGAAACAUGUUAGGGAAACAUGCCGUGGGGGAAAGAUCCCGAAUCUCCUCAUUGCCCUCCCCCCCACCCCCCAGGUAAAUGUACCUACUUUUAGGCUAUUGUUUAUAUGUGUAUUUGACACUCUGUUUAGGGAAAAAUCGGAGUAUAAUGCUUGUAUGGUGUCGACCCCAAUACAUGUUAAUGUCACCGUCACCAAUCCCCUGUAUUGCAGUUAAAAACGACUGACUACCACCACCGAUUUCUGUAUGCUAGCUAUGCUACCAGCUUAUAUGAACGGGAGUCAGGGUUUAGCAGCCACUUCUUCUAAACCUAAAUGUUAUGCAGUGAAAACAGACAAAUAUAUCAACAUCUGACUUCAGUAACCCCAUUGUUACAAUACAUCAAUCAUGACGGAUUUGACGAAUAUCCACUUUGUUAGAUCAGAUUUGUUGAAUGUGGGCCAAUCCGGCAUCCUUCUUCUAUCCCCCACGGUCUGCAUUCCAUUGACCUCUCUAUCGCAUCUAUGGUCUGCAGAUAUAGGCUACACGCUUAGAAAAAAGGGUUCCAAAAUGGUUCUUAGGCGGUCCCCAUGAGAACCCAACAACAGAACUACUAGCAUGACAGACCGAGCCUGGACCCUUAGCUCAGUGGUUCUCUCAAUUUGUUUUGGUUACUGUACCCCCUAUCACAUGAAUGUACCAUUAGGGAUUAAUAAAGUACUGCCUUACGUUCAUUUUAUCAUCAGACCUAUGUUCUUAUAUUUAGUUUUUUACCCAAUACACAAUUGUAUCUUCUAUUUUCGAUCACUGUUUGUUGUUUAAGUAAGCAUGUUUAACGCUCCAAAAUGUACAAUAUUUUCAUUGUUUAACAGAAGGCUAAAUUCAAUUAACAGUAAUUGAAAGCCACAUUUAUAAUGCUUUUGGUGUAGGGAAAAUGUAAGUAAAUAAAAAAAACAAUUGAACGAAGUAUAGUUUAUUACUCAAAUCAACAUUCUUUCAACGUCAAUGAACAGUAUUAUAGUGUCAAUAGUAUAGAAAGAUAAAUAGUAUAAAAAACUGCCCAUAAGUGUUUAACAGUAGGCUAAAUUCAAUUAACAGUAAGUGAAAGCCACAUUAACAAUGCUUUUGGUGUAGUGCAAACUUAAGUCUUUAAGUACAUAGAACUUCAGCUAGUUUAGUCCAGUUUAGUCUAGUGACAUGGCUGCUGCUGGUGUCUGAUGUCCUUUUACGGCCUGGACAAACUGUCCAAAUACAGCUUUGAAGCUGAUAACCGAGGCGGUCUGGGCCAUCUCAGUUGCCCUGGCUGCUGCCUCAUGUUUACACUGCUGAUUGAAGUGCUGAUCCUGCUGCAGAAGCUGGGCCUCACAGUAGGUGGCGGUAAUGCGCCAUAACGUUGGAUGCCGCCGAUAAACCCCACCAAAGAAGAAGAAGAAGAAGAAGACGCUGUGCCUCAAGUUUCUCCAGGUAUGAGGCCUCGGUCACCCUCAUGCAGUUCAGGUACUCGCUGGUUGUGCUCUGAGUGUGUAUUCUCUUCCCUGGGAAAAUAUGCAAAUGUAUUAAAUGUUAUCCAGCAAAGGCCAGUGUGGGACCAACCUGAUACACCAAUGAUGCAAAUAAUACAGGUCUUGGCUCAGAAUAUGAUUAAUUGAAUCAGUGUGACAGUUUUAUAUAAACAUUCCUAGAUUCUCCUUUAAUAAUGUUUAGGAACAUAACCCUGCCGUGACAAAAGCCCUCUGUUGAUAAGACUGCCCAGCCCUGAUGAAGACAGGUAAAUUGUGUGAUUAAGGCUAAACAAGUGAACAUGACAAUCAAUUGACAUUAAACUGUUUACCAACCCGAGAAUGGACCCUUGGCGCUUUGGGGUGCUGGGCUCAGGGGUUUCAGGAGCAUUGAUUGUGUCGAUGGACCCUGGGUGUCGGGGUGCAGGGCUCUGAGGUUGUGGCUUCACCAUUCGGGCUCACAGCUUCUUCUGAGUCCGUAAGUACAGGAAUGACCUCUGAAAGUAUAAGUAUGUUUGUUUGUAUACUCCAUAUAACAGACUUCCUCUGUUUUAGGGUGCCCCUAUAGAAAUUCUCUCCAGAUGCUUCCCUAAGCUGAGUCAAAAUCCUCUAAGAUACCAUUUGCAAACGUUAGCAAAGUCAUAAAUUGCUUAGACACUACACUACCAAAUACUAAUUGAGUGUAUGUAAACUUCUGACCCACUGGGAAUGUGAUGAAAUAAAUAAAAGCUGGAAUAAAUAAUUCUCUCUACUAUUAUUCUGACAUUUCACAUUCUUAAAAUAAAGUGUACAUACAUAAAUACAUAAUACAUACAUACAUGCAUACACGUACAUACAUACAUACAUACAUACAUACAUACAUACAUACAUACAUACAUACAUACAUACAUACAUACAUACAUACAUACAUACAUACAUACAUACACACAUACAUACAGUGGGGAGAACAAGUAUUUGAUACACUGCCGAUUUUGCAGGUUUUCCUACUUACAAAGCAUGUAGAGGUCUGUAAUUUAUAUCAUAGGUACACUUCAACUGUGAGAGACGGAAUCUAAAACAAAAAUCCAGAAAAUCACAUUGUAUGAUUUUUAAGUAAUUAAUUUUCAUUUUAUUGCAUGACAUAAGUAUUUGAUACAUCAGAAAAGCAGAACUUAAUAUUUGGUACAGAAACCUUUGUUUGCAAUUACAGAGAUCAUACGUUUCCUGUAGGUCUUGACCAGGUUUGCACACACUGCAGCAGGAUUUUGGCCCACUCCUCCAUACAGACCUUCUCCAGAUCCUUCAGGUUUCGGGGCUGUCGCUGGGCAAUAUGGACUUUCAGCUCCCUCCAAAGAUUUUCUAUUGCGUUCAGGUCUGGAGAUUGGUUAGGCCACUCCAGGUCCUUGAGAUGCUUCUUACGGAGCCACUCCUUAGUUGCCCUGGCUGUGUGUUUCGGGUUGUUGUCAUGCUGGAAGACCCAGCCACGACCCAUCUUCAAUGCUCUUACUGAGGGAAGGAGGUUGUUGGCCAAGAUCUCGCGAUACAUGGCCCCAUUCAUCCUCCCCUCAAUACGGUGCAGUCGUCCUGUGCCCUUUGCAGAAAAGCAUCCCCAAAGAAUGAUUUUUACACCUCCAUGCUUCACUGUUGGGAUGGUGUUCUUGGGGUUGUACUCAUCCUUCUUCUUCCUCCAAACACGGCGAGUGGAGUUUAGACCAAAAAGCUCUAUUUUUGUCUCAUCAGACCACAUGACCUUCUUCCAUUCCUCCUCUGGAUCAUCCAGAUGGUCAUUGGCAAACUUCAGACGGGCCUGGACAUGCUCUGGCUUGAGCAGGGGGACCUUGCGUGCGCUGCAGGAUUUUAAUCCAUGACGGCGUAGUGUGUUACUAAUGGUUUUCUUUGAGACUGUGGUCCCAGCUCUCUUCAGGUCAUUGACCAGGUCCUGCCGUGUAGUUCUGGGCUGAUCCCUCACCUUCCUCAUGAUCAUUGAUGCCCCACGAGGUGAGAUCUUGCAUGGAGCCCCAGACCGAGGGUGAUUGACCGUCAACUUGAACUUCUUCCAUUUUCUAAUAAUUGCGCCAACAGUUGUUGCCUUCUCACCAAGCUGCUUGCCUAUUGUCCUGUAGCCCAUCCCAGCCUUGUGCAGGUCUACAAUUUUAUCCCUGAUGUCCUUACACAGCUCUCUGGCCUUGGCCAUUGUGGAGAGGUUGGAGUCUGUUUGAUUGAGUUUGUGGACAGGUGUCUUUUAUACAGGUAACGAGUUCAAACAGGUGCAGUUAAUACAGGUAAUGAGUGGAGAACAGGAGGGCUUCUUAAAGAAAAACUAACAGGUCUGUGAGAGCCGGAAUUCUUACUGGUUGGUAGGUGAUCAAAUACUUAUGUCAUGCAUAAAAUGCAAAUUAAUUACUUAAAAAUCAUACAAUGUGAUUUUCUGGAUUUUGAGAUUCCGUCUCUCACAGUUGAAGUGUACAUAUGAUAAACAUUACAGACCUCUACAUGCUUUGUAAGUAGGAAAACCUGCAAAAUAGGCAGUGUAUCAAAUACUUGUUCUCCCCAUUGUACAUACAUAUAAAUAAAUACAUAUACAUACAUAUAUAUAUACACAUAUCCUUUUUUUAAAUAUAUUUUAUUUUAUUACUUUCCAACCCCACCACCCCUCCCCUAUUUGGAGUAAACUAGUAAACAACAACGCUUAGGCCUCUACUUCCAGCUUAUACAUACUAUAUACAUUUUUAUACAUUUUAUGGACACAGUCAAUUUUACAAUAGUUAUAUUUUGUUUGUUUUUACUCCUGAACUUCCUCUACCCUCUCCCAUUCUUACUCAAGUUCCUUUACAAUCAUUCAAUUUAUUUAAUUAUUUGUAUUUUAACAAUGUUGUUCAAACCUAUUUUAACAUCUUACUUAAAUCCUAUCUACUUUCUCCUAUGAAACAAAACACUUCACUCAAUCACCAGCCUAUCUCACUUUACACAUAAUUAUAAUAAUAAUGUUAUUACACAAUUCAGGAAAUACAGCACAGUCAUGGGCUGAAUAUUUAUCACCAUUCAUGUUGUGGCCAACUGGACAUCUAAAAUAGAUAAAUAGACCUCGGUAGACCUGCAGCCUACCAGUGUUCUCCCACAAUCCCUCUAGUGUCUAGUCUAAACUCAUCAAUGUCAUUUUGAUAAACACAGCUGACACACCCCCUGUCCCUCCCUUUUUCUCUGUCUCUCCCACCCCUCUCUCUGCGUCGCAUUGAGAGCCGACCUUAUCCCCCCCUAACAUCACACGACCGAGCAGAGAUUCAACUCCUUCAGCUUUAAGGUAAGAGCCAUUACUUGUAUUAUCAUCGAUUAAUAACAUCAUUAACUCACGUCGGCUAAACCAUAAUCUGUUUUGUUAUAUGCUCGAGCACAUUGUUGAUGUCUGCAUUGUAUCAAGCAAUAUUUAACUGAAUUAACAAUAAUAAAUCAUUUUCUUUAAAACACUUUUGUGAAAUGAACAAUGCAACUUGGCAUGAAAGAAGAAUGUAGAAACAUUUUGCGUUUUAUUCACCUAUUACAGUUACUGUAGCUACGAAGUUAUGAUUUUAUACAAGGUUAGAGAUGUAAUCGAGACCGGGGACAGGCAGAGACUUGUCCAUUUUAUGGGUGGGGAGAAGAUGUAAUUGGUUGGCUUUUCACCAAGAAUGUAACAUUUAUAAAGUUGCACAUUGAGAUCUACUACACAAUAGAUCUACUACACAUAUAUGUCAACAUAUUUCUAAAAUGGCACAUUUGCUCAUGGGUGUAAUAAAAAUAUAUUGGAACAUGUAGGUACCUCUUUUUUGUUUUUAUCUGUCCUGACCCCACCCUUUGAGGCUUGUGCUACAUUUCCACAAAGUUUGCUCAUACAGACACACACAGAUCUCGUUUUAUCAUAACUUGUCGACAUAGAGUAGUGAAUAGUAGUAGUGGAUGAACCUAUUGUAAUAGGGGAAGUUGUGCAUUUAGAUGAACAUUUGACUAAACUGAACAUCUUUUGAUCUUCCAUAUUCUGCUUUGUUUUGUAUUUAUAGUCUUUCUGCUUUAGAGAAGUUGAGAAGACCAUGUACAUCUUAGCUACAGCUGUCUGCCUGUUGGGUAAGAUAACUUUUGAUGUUUUCGUCAUGAGACUGCAAUGCUUUGUCACAAGAGAUAAUAGUUUCCCCUUAAUGUCACACUGGUGAUAUUGAGUCAUCAUGGAUAUGAUCAAUGCUAAUAUAGGUUAUAGCUUUUCUAUGCAGUUCUGAGGAAGGUAAUCUAUGGAAAACAAUAGUCCAAUUAAUAUGUUGUUGACAUAUGAUCGAGGGAGAGUUGGAGUGGGAAAGUACAGUAUCUGUAUGCCAACUCUGUGAUUUAUGGUUUGCCUUGUCCCAGAAGGUGACUGAGCUGACAAAAUAGCCUAAAAGUCAAAUGAACAUAUUGUUGAUGAUACAUUUGAGAUAGUUAAAAAACAAGAGUAAAAUCUAGGCGCAUUGUUGUGCACAGGGUUUCUCUUUAUUUAUUUUAUACAUUUGAAAGAUUGUUGGAGUGGUGAAGCGUCUACGUAACGUCCUUGUGUUGUAGGUUUUGCCUCAGCCCAGAAGGUGACUUUGCUGAACUCCUGCCUGUCGAAGGAGAACAACCUGAGGAUGGACUGUAAAUACGAGCUGACAGCUGCGUCACCAGUUCCUACCUGCACAUACACCCAGGAGAACAAUGUGGUGGGAAGCACAGACCCUGCUUCGAGUCAGGACCCCACCUUCAAGAACCGUGCUGAUGUCGCCAUCAUGGAAGGCAGCACCACCUGCCGUCUCAUCCUCACUGGCCUUUCCGACGACAAGCCCAAGAACUUCACCUGCACCAUCAAGCAGAAAGAGACGGUGUCAAAAACCUCCACUGUGGAAAAGAGUAAGUAUUUUUUCAAACCUGUAUUAUUUCCCUUUCUGCAUUCAUGAUACGGUGCAUCUACAUUGCUAUUUGAGAGUAACUGUAAGUUCAGUUUCCUAGUUCCCCUGAUAUGAAAACAGAAGUGACGAUCUAUGAUGUCAAUAGAAUGAAUGUUUGUGUGGUUAUCAUUUGCUUUUCAGUGGAAAUGGUGAAGUGAUAGGGAAGUAAAAAGGAGCUUUUGAUCUAAUAGACCAAAGAUUUGUGUGAGAAAGGCUGCCCCUGUCGAGUCCUCCACUUCAACUUGUGUUUGCUUCUCUCUCUUAGAGCUACUCCAGAAGUGUUCAGCGUGGAGUGUGCAUGGCAGCGUUUUGAUGUUGACUAUGACGUCAAUUGUUUUGUUGCUGUGA